UUGAAAUAUAGGUCCUGAAGUAUAACUUGCAUCAAAGUUUUAAGUCCUUCUAGUAUGCUUUUCUCCGUUAACUAAUACUCCUAUUCCAUUCUUCAAUACAAUUAUACAACCUUGCUCUUAGAAAUUCAACCUCUUUUCUUAUUGAAUUUCUCGAGUAUGUUUCUAGUAAUGCAUUUAAUCACGAGAAAAACUCCCCUUUUUGGUUGCUUUUUAUUUCUUCUUUUGAGCUUUUUUUCUUCUGCACAUAAGAGUACAAAUCAAGAGAGAGAUAAAAUUGCACGGUUACCAGGACAACCAGAAAAUCUGAAUUUUACACAAUAUUCUGGGUAUGUUACCGUGGAUAAUCUUGCAGGGAGAGCAUUGUUCUACUGGUUGACUGAGUCACCUUCAAAUCCUGACUCAAAACCAUUGUUAUUAUGGCUCAAUGGAGGUCCUGGUUGUUCGUCUAUUGCUUAUGGUGCUGCCGAGGAAAUUGGUCCUCUUCAUAUAGCGAAUGAUGCCAAAACUCUUUACAUUAAUCCAUAUUCUUGGAACAAUUUGGCAAAUUUGCUUUUCCUGGAAUCUCCUGCUGGUGUUGGAUUCUCAUACUCAAAUACAACAUCUGAUUUGUAUAAUUGUAGUGAUAGUAGAACAGCUAAAGAUUCCUACAAAUUUCUAGUUAGAUGGCUCAAUAGGUUUCCUCAGUACAUGCACAGAGAGUUUUACAUUGCUGGAGAAAGUUAUGCAGGCCAUUACGUUCCCCAGUUGUCUCAGCUUAUAUACCGAAGAAACAAAGGAAUCAAGGAACCAACUAUUAACUUCAAGGGUUUUUUGGUGGGUAAUCCAGUUAUAGAUGAUCAACAUGAUUCUUUCGGUGCAGUUGAGUACUGGUAUGGCCAUGGCUUGAUUUCAGAAUCCACAUACAACAAACUUAUAGAUACUUGUUUUGAUGCACUUGAUAAUAGUCCUUCAAUAACGUGCAUCAAAGCUCAAGAAGAAGCAGUUGCUGAAUUUGGUAACAUUGAUCCUUACAGCAUUUAUACUCCUCCAUGCAACUCUACUACAUCGCUCAAGCGCGAGCUAAGGGCUCAUUAUCCAUGGAUGACUAGAUCAUAUGAUCCAUGCACCGAAAGAUACUCAACUGAAUACUUCAAUCAUCCUGAUGUUCAAUUGGCUAUGCAUGCUAAUUCUACCAAAAUCUCAUAUCCAUGGGGUACUUGCAAUGAGGUAAUUGGUACACACUGGUCCAACCGACCCCCUUCAAUGCUUUCAGUUUAUCAAGAACUUAUAGCUGCUGGAUUCAGGAUAUGGGUAUUUAGCGGAGAUGCAGAUGCAGUAGUGCCAGUAACUGCAACUCGAUACUCCAUUGAAGCACUGAAACUCCCAACGGUGAUCAAUUGGUAUCCAUGGUAUCACAAUGGAAGGAUUGGAGGUUGGAGCAAAGUGUACAAGGGUUUGACAUUAGUGACAAUAGCAGGAGCAGGACAUGAAGUACCACUUCUUCACCCUCAAGAAGCUUUGCUUGUUUUUGACCAAUUCUUGAAGAACCAAUAUAUGCCAACCAAAAGCUUUUAGUUCAUCGUAAUUCAAAUUUUUCAUAGUUUGAAAACAAAACAUGUUGUAAAUUGUAGAAUUGUUCAUUUCUUGUUGAUUAUUGAUAAAAAAAAUUGAAUAAUCUAAGUAGAAAAUUAGCAAAGGAGAAAUAAUCUCUUGAUCAAGGGCGGAAUUAUGAUUUAAAAAUGUCGCA